UCUAUCCUGGCACGGGGAAUGUUGGGGAUGAGGCUGGCUGUGCUGUGCCGGGUUCUCCGGGAACAGGUGUCACACGAUACGAGGUUGUGUGUGCGCUGCAGGCGCCUCCUAGACACAGGAAGCGCACAGAGAUGGUCUUCGUCUGCAAAACCUAAGGAUGAGAUCAGAAUCAGUAAUUGGGGUAGAAUGGAAUUACUUGAAGUUCUGGAGAUUCGGGCACAGCAGCUGCAGGCAGAUAAGGACUCGCCAAUGCUUAAAACUGGGAAUAAAAAACUAACUACUCAGCAGGAGAAAAAAGAGCAAACCAAACGAAAUUUAAAAACUGCUAAAGCUCCUAAGCAACAGAUGGAAAAGCUACAAAAUGAGCAAGAUCUUAAGAAUUGUAGGCAGAAAAAUAUAAAGAUAUUGCAGACUAAUGCCUUUCCUGUAAAGACAGAGCACUGCCAACCACAGGAGGACCUAACAAAAAAAGGAAAGAAGGAUAAAAAAAAGACAACAGCCCAACCCAAAGAUAAUGAUCGUUCUAUAAAAUCUGUUAAACCUACUGUCAAGACUGUUGGAGAUCUAGAUAUGAAUGAAGUUAGCUGUGAGUCUGACAAUGCAAGGAAAGUUUUAUUGGAGGAUAAAGAUGGAAACCGAUAUGGGGAUAUCCAACAGAACAUCCACUGUUACUUGGAAACAUGUUUGUUUUUGGGAGAUUUCAGUAAGGCCCAGCAUUGCUUACUCUAUUAUGUACAGCACCCAGUAAGGAGGACUCAUCUUAAUGUAGCUAUGUUCAACUUGAUUUUAAAAGGCUGGGCGCAAAAGGCCUCAUUGCCUGAUAUUGGGCGCAUUUUCACAAUGUUGACAAAUGCUGGAUUAAAACCAAAUCUUGGAUCGUAUGCAGCAGCAUUGGAGGCUUUUGGUCGCAAUGAACACAACACAGAAGGCAUUAAAAGUUGCUUGAAUCAGAUCGAGAGGGAUGGAAUGUCAGUUGACCAGCUCUUUCAGGGCUUGAAAUGUUCUAAAGAAGAAAGGCAAAUGGUGCUCAAGGCUAUCCGUCGGGUCAGGCGAGGCCAGACUUCACGCCUGCUCCUAGAACUGAAAAUGUUUUAGACUCUCCACUGGUUAAGAAUUUCUACAAGAAUCCUCUUCCCUGUUACCCCAAAAUGGACUUCACAAUGGCUGACUUACAGGAAUGGUUUGAAGAGCAACUGAAAAUUGAAAGUUGUGAUACAGUGACUAUCAACUCUGUGGAGGCUAAUAAACCAGUUACUGAUGCCAACAUGAAAGCGAGAGCUGUGUUGGCUAGUCUCCGCUCAGUCUGGGGUAAAACUUUGCUCCGUGCACUGCAAGACUCAAAGAGCCAGCUAGCAGAGAUCAGCAAGAGGACUCUCAGAAUCAAUAUAUAUCCCUACCUUUGCCUGUUGGAGGAUGAGCAAUAUGUGGAAAUUAUGCUACAAACAUUGACCCAGCUGCCACCUGCAGGAGAAUCGUUCUAUAUGAUUUCUCGGGAACUUGGCAUGAAAAUCUACAAUAGGUUUUUCAUUCGGCAGCAGUUGCAGGGCGAUAACAUGGAUAGGAUCCGGUUAUUGUACAAGGAAUAUUGCAAGUUGCUAUCCAAGGAUGGAAAGGUUUCUGGCCUUCUUCCUCGAGAAUUGUGGGAAAAUGUGGAAUAUGAAGCUUUUGGAGGCCCAUGUGUUUCAAGACUCCAUUCUCCUUGGCCACGGUUCCUGUUGCUGCAAUUGGGCACCCACCUAGUAGAUUUAAUGGUUAAGACAGUAAAACUAAAAAAUAACUUGUUACGUCCUCGCAGUGAUCCAAAACUUAUCCCAGUGCUUUACCACAUGUAUUCCUUUCGUAGCAUACAACAGAUUGGGCUUAUAAAGCCACACCCAAUGUACAGCCAAAUCCUUCUGGAUGCAGAAGAAAAACUUCUGACUUUUGAAGCUGCUGUUAUGCCAAUGAGGUGUCCCCCAUUGCCCUGGCUUUCUCCUCAAUUUGGUCCCUAUUUAUUGUCUCCUGCACAAUUUAUGCGCUGUAAUGAGGGAGUAGUGCAGCAUCAGCUGCUGUUGGAAAAAUGUCCUUCAGGGCAACUUUUUCCAGUUUUUGAUUCACUUAAUCAACUUGGGGCAUGUGCUUGGCGCGUUAACAAGCCCAUUCUGGACAUUAUUGUGUCCAUCUUCAAUGAUAAAGGUAAUGAGAAGCUGGACAUUCCACCACCUCUUUCUGAAGCUCCUGUGCUUUCAGUGCCAUUACCUGGGAUGCUAAGCUCAAGGGAAAAACAUGCACAUCAAAAAAUGCUGGUGCAGUGCAGAAAGAAAACUGCUGAGAUGUUUAGCCUGCGAAUGGAUGCGCUUUAUAAGCUGUCUAUUGCCAAUCAUUUGCGAGACCAGACAUUCUGGUUCCCACACAACAUGGAUUUCCGAGGUCGCACCUACCCCUGUCCUCCGUAUUUUAAUCAUUUGGGUAGUGAUGUAACUCGGGCUUUGCUAGUGUUUGCUGAAGGCCACCCACUCGGGCCAAAUGGUUUAAAUUGGCUAAAGAUCCAUCUCAUCAACCUUACUGGGUUUAAAAAGAAAAGCUCUCUUCAACAAAGAAAGGAGUAUGCUGAUGAAAUUAUGGAGGACAUUUUGGAUUCUGCUGAUCACCCAAUGACUGGUAGGAAAUGGUGGAUGGAAGCAGAUGAGCCCUGGCAGACCUUGGCAUGCUGCAUGGAAAUUGCAAAAGCUGUACGUUCCUCGGAUCCUGCAAAAUACAUAUCCCAUAUUCCUGUGCAUCAGGAUGGUUCAUGUAAUGGACUUCAGCAUUAUGCUGCUCUUGGAAGGGAUGAAAUUGGGGCAAAAUCUGUAAACUUGAUACCAUGCGAUACCCCUCAAGAUGUUUACAGUGAGGUUGCUCAACAGGUAGAGGAAUUCCGCAAAAGGGAUGCCAAGGAAGGAAUUAAGAUUGCUCAGGUUCUUGAAGGUUUUAUUGGCCGUAAAGUGGUAAAACAGACAGUAAUGACUGUAGUCUAUGGUGUAACUAAAUAUGGUGGGCGUCUCCAGAUUGAAAAGAGACUCCGUGAGACGGACUCCUUUCCUCAGAAAUACAACUGGGAUGCCUCAAUUUAUCUGGCCCAGCUAGUCUUCAGCAGUCUGAAAGAGAUGUUUUCUGGCACAAGAGAGAUUCAGUACUGGCUAACAGAAAGUGCCCGUAUGAUCUCAAAGUCUGGAAACACUGUGGAGUGGGUAACACCCUUGGGACUACCCAUAAUUCAGCCAUACCACCGGAGUAAGAAUGUUGCGUGCCAAAGCAACUUGCAGAUGCUAAAGAUGAAAAACAAAAAUGAUGUUAAUGAGAAGCCUGAUACUAUGAAGCAGAAGAAUGCUUUCCCCCCAAACUUUAUUCAUUCUUUGGAUUCUACACACAUGAUGCUCACUUCAUUGCACUGCUAUGUACUUGGACUUACCUUUGUGUCUGUUCAUGACUGUUUCUGGACCCAUGCUGAUACUGUGGAAAUAAUGAACAAGGUUUGUCGGGAACAGUUUUGUGUCUUUACAUACUCAGCCAAUUCUACAGGACCUAUCGAAAUUCUUGAUACAGAAAUACUGCAAUUGUUCACAGCAUAGGUCAUCAUUCCGUGAGCAGUUGAAGUCCCACUUCAGAAACAUACCAGCACUAGGUACAUUUAACGUGCAGAAUGUAAAAGAUUCUACGUAUUUCUUCAGCUAA